ACACCAACAGAGAUAGAGAGAGAAAAGAAUGGCCUGUGUAGCUGUAAAUUCUCUUAUCAGAACAUUAGAGCUUGAGUUCUUGCAACCUCACCCUCGUCCAUUCCUACAACAAAUGGAACUCAUCCCUUUUAACAAAGACCUCAUCCAAUCUCUCCAUGCAAAACUUGGUUUUCUGAUAGAACUGUUCGAUGAGAGCAGAAUAGAUGGUGUUGAAGCAAUUAAAGAGUUAGAAACAAAGCUCAGAGAUGUAGCUUUCAGAGUAGAAGAUGAAAUUGAACUCCAUGUGGUAGAUCUCUAUGAAGAUUAUCCCUAUCUCUAUUUGGUAGACCUCUUUAAAGAAGCUGACCAGGAAAUGGGUCAAGGGGACGACGCUGAAGCCAAAAGAACCCAGCACUCUCAUAGACUUAGUCAUGUAUUGCAACAAGCAAUAGGAGACAUUGAUGCCAUUAAAGAAGAGCUGGAGAAAGUCAUGAUGGAGUACAAGCAUGACAUAGCUGCGCAAGGAAGGGAGACUACACUUGAUGAUGAACUUGUCAAGAUGGACGGUUCCGGUUCCUCCAAUCAUGCUUCACAGACUGGGGACAUAAUGGUCGGGAAAAACAAUGAGUUCGAGAUUAUAAGGAAGAUGCUAAUACAACAUCCAUCUAAACAACGAGAAGUUGUCUCAAUUCAAGGUAUGGGAGGAAUCAGCAAGACAACGUUAGCUAGACGAGUUUAUGAAAAUCCAUCAACUGUCUCCCACUUUGACAGACGACUAUGGGUUGUUGUAUCACAACAUCACAAUAAGAGGCAAAUGCUCUUAGAUCUUCUCGGUUCUAAAGAUAACAGCAGUGAUGGGGACCUAGCAUUACAACUCUACCCACGUUUGAAGGGUCAAAGGUACUUGGUAGUGAUGGAUGACGUAUGGAGCAUAGAGUCAUGGGAUGAUGUUAAAUCUUGCUUUCCAGAUGAUAAAAAUGGGAGUCGAGUAUUGUUGACUACUCGCGUUGCAGAGGUGGCUUCUUGUAUUGGCUCUAACAAUUACUUUUCCCAUCAAAUGCAGUUUUUAGAUCAAAGUGAAAGUUGGGAAUUAUUUCAUAAAAAGGCAUGCAAAUGUCAUGGUGUCGAAUUUGAGACAAUUGGGAGACCAAUUGUUGAGAAAUGUAAAGGAUUGCCUUUGGCAAUUGUUGUGGUAGCAGGAGUUUUUCCAGAAGAUUAUAAGAUCAAUGCUAACAACCUUGCAAGGUUAUGGGCUGCUGAAGGACUUGUAAAGGCAUUCAAGAAUGAGAGUUUUGAAGCGGUGGCUAAAAGGUAUAUAAAUGAACUUAUGGAUAGAAAUUUAAUUCUUGUAAGUGAACGAAGUAGUUGUGGAAGAAAAAUAAAGGAGUUUAGAGUACAUGAUUUAUUGCAUGCCUUUUGUGUAAGAGAAGGUCAAAGCCAGAGUCUUUUGCAUGUUGCUGAUGAAAGUAGUUCCAAUUUUCCUGAGAAAGGUGUCCGUUGGAUAAGAAUCGAAAGGGUGUCAUUUCAAGAUUCGGACAUCGAUCUCUGCCUUACAUUCUCUGUCAAAACACUGUCGGUCCAUCUUUUAUUUUUCGGAUCGGGUGUGGCUCCAACGUUCAAUAAAUUUGGAAUUUUUCAGCUUAUUGAGGGUACUCUAUGUUACUGA